GCGAACAACAUGUCGACCAACUUUUACGACGACGACAACGACCGCAACGAUUUUGACAGACGUUCCGUUUCUUCCUCUUUCAUCGACAUGGCCCAGUCUCCGCCCGCUCAUCACGACAAUGAUGCUGCCUCUGAAUAUUCGUUCUAUAGCCGGCAACGCUCAAGCACUAUUCAGUCAUUUGAUUCCUCCACGCCGAUCCUCCCCCCUAGCUCCAGAAACACUCCCAAUGCGAAAUCAGGCUCGAACUCUAACAUACGCAUCAACACUAAUCGUCUACCUUCUUAUGGAUCACAUGGACCCAAGCCACCAGUCCCUACCAGUCCCAAACCAAAUUUCUACCGGUCUAUACCGAAUGAACCAUCCCGGGGAAAGGCCUCCUCGAGUUCGAGCCAGGCGCACGACUCGCAUCCGGAAGUUAAACUCGUUCAUGUACCACCCACCACUAAUAACCUCAACGCGGCUGAGCGUGCAGAUCUCAUCCGAAAGUCGCGAAAGCUCGCGCAGGUCUUCGGUCAAAUACCUGACGCUAUGUCCGUCUCCCCACGCCAAAACGAACCGCCUACUCGCAACUUCCUCUCCUCAUACCCGUCCCCGAACUCGAAGCACCAUCGUCCGGCAGCCUCUUUCUCGGUAGAGAGCGAGGCAGCCUCCUCGUCACGCAAACACUCCAAGCAGGACUCGAGGCCUAGUCUCCGUUCAUCCAUCUCGUCCGGAAGUGGCAGAAGGCAUUCCGCUCCCCUCAGUCCCUUCGACGUCGCCUCGUUGUCCCACCUCCUUUCGGAUCCAGAAUAUGAGUCUAAUUCUACACGUGGUCAUGCUUCUGCUCACAGUACCCUCUGGGAGGGCGGUGAUUACCCGGAGAGAAGCGAAAGAAGAGGGCAUCGUUCGCACAGUCGAGAGAUGCUCGACUCCGAUUCUUUCAUCGAUUUGUCCGACGAAGAGCGUCCUGACCAUGCCCAUGCUUCUUCUUCUCGCCGUACGCCGAAAUCGCCCCACAGCUUCAGCUCCUCGCCUCCAUGGCCAUCGUCCCCCACUUCCUUCGACACCCUCACUCCCCAAGAAAAGGCAGAAGAGGAACGUAGACGCAAGAGAGAAAAACUGGCCAAGCUCCAUCGAUUCUUAGGCUCCAGAGUGCCGACAUCGCUCGUGUUGGGCAUAGAUGAGCCAGCUCUACCUGAGCCUGCAGAGCCUGCGUCGAGCACCUCCUCCUCUGGCGAGAACGAGGCGCGAGCAUGGCGGAAGCUCCGACGUCGGAGCAGUUCUGCAGCGGAGUUGAAGGGCGCAUGGACUGAUCGUGUCAAGGAGGAGCUUGAUGAACGGGAAAAGGCUAUUAAUGUCCGUAGAGCGCUCAAAAUGGAAAAAGUAUUUGGAGAGUUGCCCCCACAAGUGCUGUAUCACACGCGACACACUCAGCAUGCCGUAGCUCGUCGAUCCGACGAGUCGCAGUCGCCCACACAUAGCUUGUCUGACCGAUCAGGAUCUCUCAGUAUGUCCUCGUCGCCCACGGGUCGCAACAUGAACCAGAGCGCCUAUAUUCAUAAGAGCAAGCCUCGAAAAGCCGUCCGACACGGCAGCCUGCCCAGUCCGACGUCUUCGACGUAUAAUCUUCUUCACGAAGGCGGAUCGAAUGAUCCAUCGUCCACACAGGCCCGAAGAUCAUCCGCCGGUCGUCGGUCCUCCUCUAUAUAUAUGCAUUAUCGUCAUUCUCUGAAUUCCUUGAACGAUAUCAUUGAUCGGGAUGAUCGAGAGUCCCUGGCGGAGCUCCAUCAAUUCCUCAGCACAGAAUUACCGAUGGUAGAGGAAGUUACCCCUACCCGCGCCUCCUUUGACCCCGAAUCCAGACCUGAACUGCAGAAGUUCGAGCGCCGCCGGUCCCUACCCACCAAAUCUUCCGCGUUGUCUCUCGCCUCCCAAUACGAAGCGCAGUCUCCAGAUCCAGAGAUGGUAACGUUCCAAGCGCGGAGACGUCGGGCUGCCAAGUUGACGAACUUCUUCGGCGUGGACUAUCGGGAUUUAAUUGGGGAUAUUUUGGAGAAUAUCGAGAAUGGCGUCGUGGAGGAGAGUCAUCGUGGGAGUCUUCAGCCGGAGGAAAUGCAGGAUCUCAUGGCAAAGCUGCGCCAGCUCAAGAUCAAGCGACCCACGCCAUCUUAAAUCCGCGACCCGUCUUUAAAUAUACUCAUAUAUACAAAUAUACAUGUGCCUUCCUUGAACGUAGCAUACCCACUCCUCAUCCACUCAAACACCCCAUGCAAUAACUCCA